AUGAAGACCAAGGUCCAUUUGCUUGUUCUAGUUUUGUUGCUGUGGCAACAGCCAUCAUUAGCACUUGAAUGCUCAACAGCGCAGUCUCAGUCGAGUCACGUGCUAGUAAACCACGUAAUUCGGGUGACCAAGGCAACACGCUUUUCUGAUUGCACGCAGAAAUGUGGAGCUGACUCAAAAUGUCGCAGUAUUAACUGGUACCCAGACCACGGCCUGUGUGACCUGAACAACGCUACUCACCUCUCCUCCCCUGAGGAUUUUGUCCCCGCAAGUCAGGGAACCUAUUUGAUCUACUUUCUUCAUCCAAUGGCUUUUUGUAGUUUGAAACUGUGCAGUAAAUCAAGUAUUUCUUGUUUAAUGAACAGCGAUGGAAUCAACCAUCGAUGUCAGGAAUGCAAUAAAUCUCUGGGGAUGCAACGAGGCCGUAUUUCCAACGUCCAAAUCACAGCUUCGUCGUACUUGGGACGUAACUUUGAACCAUGGCAAGGUCGUCUACACAAUAGUAAGAGCGUGUGGAGCUCUAAGAAGAAUAUAGCGGGAGAGUACCUACAGAUAGACCUUGGUACUGUUAUGGCCAUAACUGAAGUGGCUACUCAAGGUAGACACGGUUCCAACGAAUGGGUGACCAAGUACCAAGUACAGUUCAGUCUGGACGGAUUUAACUGGACUUCAUGCAAUUAUGACAAUCAAGUCAAGACAUUCAAGGGUAACUCCGACAGAAACACCAUAGUCACCAACGAGUUACCAAACAAGAUCGAUGCAAGGUACAUCAAGAUUGUCGUUUUAGAUUGGGUACAUCAUAUAUCAAUGCGAGCUGAGCUGUACGGAUGUACACUAUACUAGCUAAACAAUUUCAAUACGCUUAAAAAAAAAGAAUACAGAAGGAUAGACCACACCCGGUAAAGUACGCCACAAGCAUCAGUACUCGUGAAAUGAACUGAAUGGAUGGAUAGACCACACCCUGUCAAAUACAACAACCAUAAGUACUCGUGAGAUGAACUGUAUGGAUGGAUAGAUCUAAAUACUAAAAGUGAUACUGAUUAUCAUGAUUACGAACCACUGGCACGGAUGAUUUUGGCAGAUGUCUGUUUCAAAAAAAACCCCAGCUAGAUUAUGGUCGCCAUGACACUUUUAAAUAGUGAUACCGCUGAUCGCUCGUCCCAUUCUCCCAUACCUUAUUUUAGUAACUUAACAUCAAAUCGGGGAAUAGCCGUUGUUGACUAAACCAUAGCA